GCGAAAUUUUGUUCUAAGAUUUCCAAACCGGAAGACGCCGUACUAAACUCCCGAGUGAUUCAUCCUCGUCGACACACACGAUCUUCGCGGCAACUCUUCUGACAGCUAGCGACGCGAAAAAAACUCCACAACGUCUCAACAAGACAACAACCCCUAGAAUGCACCUGGGAGCUAGCUGACAGUUGCCUCCUUCACUUGCUAACCCGUGUGGGGUUUUGUGUUCACUACCGCGUUGAGGACAACACUGCAGUGACUGUACGGACUACAGAGCUGGGUGGACAGGAGAGGGAAGGGGAGAGCUUUGAUUCUGUCUCCCCCAGCCGACCCUGAGUAAACCAGCCAGCCAUGGAUGACCGCUCCUCACUGGGAAAAGUCAGCAGCUCUACCGAGUCCGUGGCCACCGUCACCAGUGAGGAGUUUGUUCUGGUACAGCCCAGUGCUGCCGGGUCACCGCAGGGCUCUGAGGGCAAACCGAGGCUCAAGAUGUCUUGUAAUGGAAGUGAGCAGCUGGAAAAAGCUAUGGAGGAGCUGCUGGAUGAUGAUGAUGAUCAGGUGAAGGUGGAGAAGAGCAGCGUGGAAAAGAUGGAGAAGAACAAGGACCCAGAGAGCCAACUCCUGGAACCACAACCUCCAGAAGCAUGUCCGGCACCAUCCAGCCCCAUGGUCCCAGAAGAGGACAGUGUCCAGUUUAACAAGGUGUCCUACCUGGGCUGCACCUGGGUCAAAGCCCCUCGCAACGAGGCCGAGGCGCAGAGUGCCAUGACCACCCUGCGAGCUGAGAGCGCCAUCCCUAUCCCCAUCACCCUGCACGUCCCUUCCGGACCAAAUGGCUCUGUCAGGAUUGUGGACCAGGCGUCAGGUACAGAGAUUGCCUCCUUCCCCAUUUACAAGGUGUUGUUUUGUGCCCGUGGACGGGAGGACUCGGUGGAAAGUGACUGUUUCUCCUUCACCGAGAGUUACCGAAGUUCUGAGGACUUCCAGAUCCACGUCUUCUCCUGCCACAUAAAAGAAGCUGUCAGCCGUAUCCUCUACAGUUUCUCCACAGCCUUUCGGCGUUCCUCUCGACCGGCAGACAUCAGGGACACAACGCUGUCCAGUCCGCCCGAGAGCGACCUCUACACCUUCACCGUCUCGCUGGAGAUCAAAGAGGACGAUGGCAAGGGCAACUACAGUCCAGUGCCUAAGGACAGGGAGAAGUUCUUCUUCAAGCUGCGGCAGGGCGUGCAGAAGAAGGUCGUCGUCUCAGUUCAGCAAAUGUGCAACAAGGAGCUCGGCAUCGAGAGGUGUUUUGGGAUGCUGCUGAGUCCAGGACAAAAAGUCUGCAACAGUGACAUGCAUCUACUAGACAUGGAGUCGAUGGGGAAGAGCUCCGAUGGGAAGUCCUACGUUAUCACAGGAACAUGGAACCCCAACAUGGCAGCCUUCCAGCCACUGAAUGAAGACACACCCAAAGAUAAGCAAGUCUUCGUGACAGCGGCCGUGGACCUGGUUGUGACCGAAGUGGUGGAGCCAGUUCGUUUCCUGCUGGAAACUCUGGUCAGGGUUUAUCCAUCAAAUGAACGCUUCUGGUACUUCAGCCGCAAGACCUUCAGCGAGACCUUUUACCUCAAACUCAGACAGCAGGCACCAGAGAGUCAGAGUGAUGCUGUGUAUGAGGUGAUUAGUCUUCAGAGGGAGGCAGAGAGAAGCAAUGAAGGAAGUGGACGACUGGGCUCGCGCACUGAGGAAGAGGAGGCUGAUGAAGAUAGCGACAGUGAAAUCUCCAGUGGGACAGGAGAUGUUUCCAAAGACUGUCCUGAGAAAAUCCUGGAGUCCUGGGGAGGAAUCCUCAACAGAUGGCACGGGAACCUGUCCACUCGUCCAAAGGGUUUGCCUUCGCUGGUUCGCAGUGGCAUUCCUGAGCCGCUCAGAGCUGAGGUCUGGCAGCUGCUGUCAGGUUGCCACGACAACCAUGACCUGCUUGAGCAUUACCGCAUCCUCAUCACCAAGGACUCAGCCCAGGAAGGUGUCAUCACCCGCGACAUCCACCGCACCUUCCCUGCUCACGACUACUUCAAGGACUCUGACGGAGAUGGACAAGAUUCACUGUACAAGAUCUGCAAGGCCUACUCUGUCUAUGAUGAGGAAAUUGGUUAUUGUCAGGGUCAGUCGUUCUUCGCCGCUGUUCUUCUGCUGCACAUGCCCGAGGAACAGGCCUUCAGUGUGUUAGUGAAAAUCAUGUAUGAAUAUGGCCUCAGAGCUCUCUACAAGAACAACUUUGAGGAUCUUCACUGCAAGUUCUUCCAGCUGGAGAGGCUAAUGCAGGAGCAGCUUCCAGACCUGUGGUCCCACUUCCAGGAGCUGAACCUGGAGGCACACAUGUACGCCUCCCAAUGGUUUCUUACCCUCUUCACUGCCAAGUUCCCUUUGUGCAUGGUGUUCCACAUCACCGACCUGCUGCUCUGCGAGGGUCUGAACAUCAUCUUCAACGUAGCCCUGGCCUUGCUGAAGACAUCUAAAGAGGACCUCUUGCAGGCAGAUUUUGAAGGGGCUCUCAAGUUCUUCAGAGUCCAGCUCCCGAAACGUUACAGAGCUGCAGAGAAUGCCCGAAGGCUUAUGGAGCAGGCCUGCAACAUCAAGGUUCCAACCAAAAAGCUGAAGAAGUUUGAGAAGGAGUAUCAGACGCUGAGAGAGAGCCAGCUGCAACAGGAGGACCCCAUCGACCGAUACCAGAGGGAGAACCGUCGACUUCAGGAGGCCAGUAUGCGACUAGAACAAGAGAAUGAUGACCUGGCCCAUGAACUGGUCACCAGUAAGAUCGCCCUUCGGAACGACCUGGACCAGGCCGAAGACAAAGCCGACGUUUUGAACAAAGAGCUGCUGAGCACCAAGCAACGUCUAGUGGAGACGGAGGAGGAGAAGAGACGACAGGAGGAGGAGACGGCUCAGCUGAAGGAAGUGUUCAGGAGGGAGCUGGAGAUCGCAGAGCUGGAGAUCAAGAAAACCACAGCGAUCAUAGCUGAAUACAAACAGAUCUGCUCCCAGCUGAGUACCAGACUCGAAAAACAGCAGGCAGCAACGAAAGAAGAGCUGGACAUAGUCAGGAGUAAAGUAAUGGGCUGUGAGCACUGCAGGGAUCUGUUCAGCACCCUGGGGACCCUUCAGGCGCCAUCGCCCGGCGGAGAUAGGACAUCCACCGAGCCGCAGGACGAGGAGAAAGACCAGCUGAACGAGCAGCUGAGGCAGCUGGAGCUGGAGCUGGCCCAGACCAAGCUGCAACUGGUGGAGGCCAAAUGCCGCAUACAGGAGCUCGAGCACCAGCGGGGAGUCCUGAUGAACGAGAUCCAGGCGGCCAAGAACUCUUGGUUCAGCAAGACUCUGGGCUCCCUGAAGAGCUCUUCGUCCUCGUCCGCCAGCUACUCUUCCCAGACUCCGUCCUCUCCAAAGGAAGGUCCUGCCUAGUUAACCCCCCCUCCUCCUCUCCUCCUCUCCUCCUUCCUUCUAUACAAUCCCCCUGCAGGGGAUGCACACUCGAGCUGAUGAACACGAGUUGAAGAAACAAGCAGCAGCGAAAUGCAGUAUUCCUUUUCCCACUGGUGGCGAGGUGGAGCUCACCAGCUUCUUUGACUGGUAAUAUCUGAUAAAGAUGAGGGAAGAAUCAGACGGCGGGCAGGACCAGUACUCCUGUCUUUCUCUUAAAGAAACCAUUUAAGUGAACAACAAAAAAAACUUCUCUGCUUCAUAGGAGAUGGUGAGCAUGGGUCGCCAGUGAGGCUUGAAAUUCCUUCAAAGGUUCAAGGGUCAUUGCUGAUGUUUUGUUAUGAAAAAACUGAAUUAAUCCAAACAAUGGCCCUAACGUAGAUCAGUGAUGUAGCUCCACCUCAUGGACAGACAUUGCUACUGAAGAGUUGUAGUCGUUUUCACUGAGAGAGAUUAUGUUUUUAAGUUAAACCUAAAGUCUGGACAAUUUUCUAUGAUAGUGAUUCAAUUACAUCACAUAGAUUAUUACAAGUUAACCGCAUAAAAAUCUAUAUGAAGCCACAGAAAUGUGAAAAAGGAAUACUGCAUCCAAGGUCUUAAACAAGAACAACAUGAAAGUUGUAUUUCUUUAUAGUAAUAUAACGUUUAAAAAAACAAUGUUGUCAUAUAAAUAUGUAUAAGUAACUAUAGAUUUUUUUUAAUAAUCUUGUACAGUUCUUUAAGAGAAGAAAAAGAAAAGCAUAAGGAAAAGUUCUUUGUUAAAUUUUGUUUUCUACUGUUUGGAAGUUGAAUGAUCUCUCGAUGUCUAAGCACAGUGUGUGUGAUCGAUCUGGUCGGGUCCAAACGCUGAAGAGCCAAAGUGACGACGUGCAGUGAUUUCAUUUCUCCCUGCUACUCUUCCAGUCACAGUAUGAACUCAUUUGAGGUUGUUCAUCUAUUCUUAAAUUCCUUAGAAGUUCAGUCUCAUUCCUGUAUUCGCAAUUUUAUUUUUUUAUUUUUUUAUAUAAUCUUUUUUUAAAUUUUUUUAGUUGGGUCAGCUGAAAUGCCAACAGAAAUGGGCAAUCUGCUUCCUUCAUCUGUUCUGUCCCUUUUCUACUUUUAAAGGUCAGUUUGAAUUAUCUUACGAGCUGCAGACUGACCUUGGUUCUAUAUUUUAAAUUUUUUUUUUCAUCUGUCCUUGUGAAUCUCGUUUUAAGUUGCACUAACAGCCGUCAUAGCUGCGUUUGUCAUUCUCUUGCUCUUUCCUUACAUGGUGGACAUGCAAACACUGAUUUGAUCCAUCUUAAAAGUCUAAUCUGCUUCAUACAUGUAUCCCAAUUCACUGUCGAUAAGAGUCAAUGCACUGAAUUUGGUGGUUUUAUCUUAAUGAUACAGUGUAGUCUCUGAAUCCCUAAAUACAUAUCUAGGGUAACAUUAAUGAACAAACUUUUACACUGCUGUACCUUUACCCCCCGUUGUACCUUUCCCCUCUGUCACAUAUUGUUUUAUUGGACUGCUUUGUCUUUAGCAAGGGAAGUCAGAUAAACAGCAGAUGGUGCCUCAUUUAAGAUAACUGAAAAGAUCAACCGGAAUACACCUGCUUUCUUUGAUUUUUUAAAAGAAAUCAGUUCAUACUUGUGACAUUUUUUAGAUGAUAAUAUCUAACGACACAAGGAGGAUUUUUUUGUUUGUGCGCCAAGUUGAGAAACACAGCAGUAAACCAAAAAGUCUGGGCCUUUUUUUUUUGGGUACAACAUUCAUGGACGUUAGCGCCGUUUUAACAGGCUUGUGGCGUCAGUGUCAGUGUCAACAGUCCUGAUUUAUUCUCCACUCUUCUUGUCACUGAAAUCAGCCUUUGGACUCAAACUAAGUCAAUGUGUGCAUGUCUGUGUGUGUGUGUGUGUGUGUGUGUGUGUGUGUGUGUGUGUGUGUGUGUGUGUGUGUGUUUCUGGUAUGUAACUCGAGUGGCUGAAGUUGAAAUGGUUUCUUCUUCACCUGGCUGCCUUUUCUGUUGACAACUGAAGCCGUUGGCUGAUGAGAGGAGAAGCAUCCGACCGUUUGAAACGUCGGGGAGCGUCAGCUGUGCCAUGAGAUUCUCACUACUGCUCCGUCCCCAGCCGAUCCCUCUCUGUGCUCCUGAUUGAGUGAACCAGCUUCAUGAAUCCACCGUUUCACCUGCCCACAGGAAAUAUCUGCUGAAUAUAAUUUUUCGGACACGCACAUUUCCACUAGUAGCUUGCUUCCCAGUACAACCACCUUCCUCCUGCUGGUGGCCACUGAGCAACUCCAGCGGGAGACGUGCACAAGUUUCGUGGAGAGCAGGAAAAAGGAAGAUGACUGGUGUAAUCUCAUUGAAUUCCAGGUGUGUUGUGCAUUUCCAGGACAUUCCCUCAUUCCCCCCUGUGACGGUCUCAGUGUCGUGUAAACUUUGGCCAAGUUGGAGGGAGCUCCCCCGUGUUUAAUGUGCACUAACUCAACACUGAUAUUUUAAAACACUAUCUCAAGAUGUGUUUGUUUGUCUAAAAAGUUACCCUGAGCACAGAGCAUAAUUAUUUUUUAACUGUUUAUUGUUGUUGCUGAGAGGACAGAUGCCAAUUUAUAAUUCACUUCUAAUCCCCAGUUAUUGCUACGACCAGCGGGUGCAGUCGGAUUAGAGGUGUAAAUGUGUGUGCGGAGGUCACAGGUCGCUGCUGUUGCAUGAGGAGCGACUGCUCCUCAACUGGUGCGAUUCCCAACACCGUUUGCUGUACAUUAACUGUCUGACCUGCGUUAAUAAAUUUCUUUUUUUCAGUUCA